AUGAAGCAGUGGAGCAGUUUGAGGAGAAUGAGGAGUGUGAGGGGAAGAGACGUGGGCAGCAGCAUGAAGUGGCGUAGGGGCGGCUUGAAGGGCAAAGGGAAGUCACAACGGGUAGUUAAGGCAACGGAGUAUCUGCCAGUGUUGCAGUAUGACAGCACGCUACUCGCCAAGACCAACGGCACCCUGGGCAACACCAUGGUCAACUACAGCACCUACCUCGACGACACAAGCUGUGCCAUACCUUUCCAUUUCCCUUCUCUCCCCUCUCACUCGCUCCCCGUUCUUCCGCCAUCCUCCGCAACCUUUCUCCCCUUUCCCCUCCCCUUCUCCCCCCCGUUCCUCCCCUCUCAUCAUCCCCUCUCCUCCCCCCCACAGCAACGGGCACAUCUCUCAUUGCUCCCAUCCACCAGCGUGUAUCCGUACUAUGUGGCGCUCAAGCUGGGGUCGCAGAAGCAGGAGUUCAGCAUGGCGCUCAACGCGCAGCUGCGCCACACCUGCGUGCCCUGCGACUGCCUGCACUGCGCCUCCUCGCGCAAGGGCAGCAAGCCAUUCAGCACCCUCUCUUCCACAACCCUCCAGUGCAUCUCCUGCGCCGAUCAGCGCUGCCAGGGGGGCGUUGAAUCCAGCUACUAUGGCUGCAACACGCAAGGGCUUCCCAACUACCUCAACUUCACGGGCGUGCUGCCUGGGGAUGACGCUCUCUGCGUGUUUGAUGUGUAUGCAGAGAGUUAUGAUUAUUCUGAAGCGGACACUGUUGCGGAUUCGUUUCUCAAGUCUGCGGGGCAUGUGGUGGAGGAUACUGUUUACCUCACUGCACCUGGUGAUACUGAAGCCCACCGAUCCAUCAUUUUUGGCUGUGGCGUGAACCAGCAGGGCUACUGGGGAAUGCAUGGGAGGUCCACUGGCUCAUGGACAGCAGGCGGCGUGCUGGGGUUGGCGCAGGGCAGUCCCUUCCUGGAGCAGCUCACUGCCGGCACCAACUUCUUCGCCGUGUGUUUGGACGAGCCCACGCCCACGAAUAAGACCAGCUGGGACGGCAAGGUGCAGCAGCACACGGGCAGCAGCCAUCCCACCAUCGGUGCUUCGAAAGAUGGCUUCUGGCUCCUUCACCUGCGCCUCUCGUCCCUCCCGUCUUUACCUUUCACCCGUCUCCCUUCCCGCCUGCUGCGGUCUACCGCUGCCCCCAUUCUGCUUCUAUUACUGCUGUUGUCGUAUCUAUCCAUCAUCCGCGCCCUCCCUCCCUUCGUAUACAACCCCCCUCUCCCUUAUGCAAUCGCUCCCCACAGAUCAUAUCCAACCGGCCUGCCCUACAGCCGCAUCACGCUCACCACGGCCCCGCGCACCCUCAACAUGACGGACGAUCCAGCCAACAUAGACCUCAACAAAACCUCCUUCAUGCCGGCCGAUGCCUCCGAGGAUGACGUUCCGGGCUUCUUCUUCCUGCCCGAGUCCUUCGUGCAUCUCAUCCGCCUGCCUCUCUUCAUAAGCCUCUGGAACAAGAACAAGGAGGAGGAUCCGUUCAGCACCUUCCCCACCAUCGACAUUGCUUUCCUCUCUCCAGACGACAGCAGCGCCACCUCCCACUUCUAUCUCAAGCGGCGCAAGUACCUCGCCCAGCCCCCCUUCACCCGAGUCUCCACCUUCCUUCCCCUUUCCCACCCAUCACUCCUCGCAACACGCCUAUGCAUAGGUGGAGCUGAGCCCCUACUGCCUCCACCUUCUCCGCCUCCCUCAGGGGGCACCUCUUCCAAAGGGGCCACGCGCUCCCUCUCCCUGGUGGCGGCAGCAGUGGGUGUCGUCGCCACUUCCACUGCCCUACUUGCUCUCGCUCUCCUCUAG